AUGGCGAAGGGUGACAAGGACGACGCGCCGGCGGACAAGCGUGUCGUGUGGUUGGAGCAGCGCAUCACGAAUGCUCUAAAGCUGAAGCCCGCCGAUUCAAAGAAACUCCUUGACAGCGAAGACAACCGAGCUCAGAUGAGCGAGUUUCUGGAUACCGCCGAUGCGUGUCACCUCUAUGUAUAUCAAGCAGCAACUGGUGCGUUUGUGACCCGAAUCGAGGCGCCAGAGGAGCUCAAGAAAAAGGGUAUGUUCUUCAGCAAGAUCAAGCGGGAGAAGAUGGCGGAUGAAAACCAUAUGAAGGAGGCGAUCACGUUUGGCGACUUUUCGCCUGAUCUCCUCAACAGCCUCAGCUCCGUGACGCGCAACGUGUACGUGCAGAUCCUGAAAGGCGACAAGCGAAACACCGCGACCGUGCCCGAUGUGGCUGUUGGCGAACUCAUGAACGACACCAAUGGGCUUCUCUCCAACUUGCUGGUCAUGCAAGGCUUGAGCCAAGGCAAGACGUUUUUGCCUAUGCCGCCCAUUCAGUUUCCUCCGCGCAUCGACGACUUUGCCAUGGAUAAAGAGACGCUUUACUUGCUCGAGGGCACCAUCGUGUCGUGGACGUCGCAAAUCAAAGCCGCAAUCGGGUCGUCGCCAGAGGAGCUGGAGGAGGCCGCGCCGCAGACGGGCCGAUACCCGUGCCCACUGGACGAAAUCCGCUUCUGGAAGGAGAAGUCUGAGAAUCUGGAUGGCUUGGGGGAGCAGCUGUACUCCGUGAAAUCGCUCAAGGUUCUUGUGCUGCUGAAGCGUGCAGGCAGCAGCUACUACGGUCCUUUCUCAGAGCUGAUGGCUGAGUUGAAGGAGGCCGCGUACGAGUCUCGUGACAACUACCAAUACCUCAAGCCCCUCAUUCCCGAGUUCGAGCAGAUGUGCAUGUCAGCCGCCAGUCACAUCCCCUUCGUGGAGCUCGCCACAAGCGGUGUCUUCAAGCGCCUCUUCCACUUUUUGUACCUGCUGUGGACGCAGUCCGGCUUCUACAACAACCCAGCUCGGCUUGUCUUCCUCAUCCGCGAGAUGGGCAACGAUCUGAUUGAGAUGGCUGCUGACCACGUCAACGUCGCCGAGUUCGCCGAGGGCUUGGAGAAGAAGGAGGUGAUCGAGCGGCUGAGCAGCACGCUGGCGAUUUGCAGCGAGUUCAAAGCAGUGUAUUUCCAGUACAAGUCGCACGUAGCGUCCGUGGCGCGGCCAUGGAAGUUUCAGAACGCUGCACUUUUCUCCCGGUUGGAUACCUUUCUGGAACGCUGCCAUGACCUCCUCGACGUGAUCGAGACAGCGCUCCUCUUCGACAAGAUGGAGAACAUGAAGAUUGGCGGAACCAAAGGUCAGCACCUGACGUCCGAGGCGGAAGAAAUCAAGCAAAUCUUCGAUGCAUCUGUGGCGCGAUUUUUCAGCGUCGAUUACAACCUUCUCGACAUCACAAACACGCGCUUCGAUACCGACUAUGACGACCUCAAGUACGUAAUUCGCGGGCUGGAAGAGCGCCUGGGUUCAAUUCUGGUGACCACAAUCGACGAAUCCUGCGCCAUCACCGAGGUAUUCAAGGCCGUGGACACAUUCGAUGGCUUCACGGAUAGGACGCCGAUGCAGCAGGAGUGGGUUAAGAAGCAGGGCGGCGUGCUCGUCGGUUUUCAUCAGGACUUGAUCAAGGCUCAGGAGACCUACUACGCCGGUGAGGCGGCGGGGGCGUACCCCAACAUGCCCCCUGUGGCAAGCACCAUUGUGCGGUGCAAGGCGUUGCUAGAUCGUAUCAACGAGAGUCAUUCUCGCGUGGUAGACCUAUCCCCCAGUGUACUGGAGAGCGAGCGCGGCAUUGAGGCAUUCCAGUUGUACGAGAAGCUGAAGGAGCUGCUGCAGGCGACGAUUCACGAGAAGUUUCAGAAGUGGACUGCCGAGGUGGGCGCUAUUCGCUCGGACAAGCUACGGCUGCCUGUGCUUGCAACGGAUGAUAACAAGCGUCUCGCCGUCAACUUUGACGCUUCGCUCGUGAAGACGCUGCGCGAGGUGUACUAUGUGGAGGUGCUCAACUCGUACGACUCGGCGGGCAUAAACCAGUUCGAGAUUCCACCCGAUGCAGAGGCGAUCUUCACGAAGCGCGACGUGUACCGUGACCAGGCGCUGAAGCUGGAGUACCUCUGCACGACAUACAACAACCUCAGCGCUAGCCUCCGUCCGCACGACGAGCGUCCACUCAUCGAGGCUGAGUUGCAGAAGUUCGAGUCAUUUGUGUCGCGCGGCCUCAAGGACGUGCGGUGGGAGAAUGAGGACUCCACGAACGCGUUCAUCGAGGAGGCACUCAAGCAAGUCACGGCCAUCGAUACGGCUGUGUCGACGUUGCACUGCAACGUUCAGCAGAUGAGGGACUCCAUGAAGAAGUACAAGAUGGAUGACACACUUUUUCCUCUUGAUGCCGCAGCAGGGGCGAAGACGAUGUCGGCAGUGGAGCUGCGCAAGACGCUAGGCGACUACGUCCAGGCGCGCGCAGCUGGACUGCGAGAGAGAGACAGCGAGAUCAAGGAGCUGAUGCAAAACAGCUUGGAGGCCCUGCAGACGUUGAAGAUGGCCAAUUGCGGCGCUGCCGUGAGCAGCACCGACGCGAUGUGGCAAAAGUACCUGGCGUACGUUAGCUCCGUUGCGCGGGAGUGCCUGGCCGAGGUGGCGGUGGCUUCACUGACAAACAUGCGCAAUCAGCUGGACCCGGUCUGGCUUGCGGACCACGACGGUAUCCCUCUUGUCGAUGUGAAGCUCUCUUUGUCCAAGGUAACGGCAGACAAUCCGACGUCAAAGUCGCGCUUUGACCCGGCGCUCUUGACAAGCGAGUGCGAGGACAAGUCAGUGUGGCAGAUGCUCAGCGACACGAUCGGUGACAUAAUCGACUCCUCUGGCCUGAUCGACCCCAUUCACGGCUCCACCUCGUACACAGAGGAGAUGCGGCACAACGAGCACGUCCAGGCUCUCGUGGAGGAGAUUCAGACGAUAUUUAAGCAGAACGCGACCGCAUGCGAAGAGUAUCGCCACGUCUACGACGAGUUCAAGUCCCUUUGGGAGACGGAUCGCAAGAAGGUGUUUGCACAGUUUAUCGAGAUGGACCAUCAGCGCAAUGCGCAUCGGCCGAGCGUCUCGAUAGAGGACACAACAGCUGCCAUUGCGCAGGUGCAGAAGCCAGCGGAGUACUUUGGCGUAAGUCUGGAGGACUUUGAUCGCGCGAUUACCGAAUACACGCGUAUCCGAAGCCGACUCGCUGGGAUUGAGGACCGCCAUACGGAGGGCCCGGUGCUGAUUGACGUCAGACCUCUGCGCAUGGCGCUGCGCGAUUUGAGCCGGCGCUGGAAGGAGAUGUAUUCUGACUACCUGCUGGACAAGAUCAAGACCGAUCUAAAUGAGCUCUACGCAUUCAUCAAGGAGGCCGACAGAGGGCUCGAGGUGGAGGUGCUGGAUGGUGACGUGGAUGCGCUGAAGUCCGUUAUGCGGUGGAUCCGCGACUGCCGUAAGCGCAACACGGAGGUUAUGGGCGAAGAUGAGACGGGCGAGACGGGUGGAAUGUUCCCACCGAUCAAGGCCGCCAUAGGCAUGCUGAAAACGCACGCCAGUACUUCACCAGAUGGCGAUGCGGAGCUGGUGAAGAUUGAGAAGCUCGAGGAGCUGCGGAAGCCUGUACCGGAGCAAUGGGUCGCACUGAACAAGAAGGCGCUGAAUGCGCGCGCGCAGAACUCUAUCGUUCAGGACCGUGAGGCGGAAAAGAUCAAGGAGGACGUGGCGGCGUUCGAGCAGGAGCUGAACAACGAGGUGGACGCCUUUCACCAGAACCCGCUCUUCACCUAUGCUAUUCAGCCCGGCGAGGUCUACGACGCCAUCGACAGCGUGUACGCGCACUUUACCGUGGUCGAGAAUAAGGCGAAGGGGCUGCAGAACCUACAGGACCUCUUCGAUCUUGCCAUGGCGCAUUUCAAGAGCGUCCGCGAAUGUCGGCAGGAGUUGGCGCUGCUGAAGCAGAUUUGGGACCUGAACUUUCACGUCACCUCUCAGUUCCGCGACUGGAUGCGGUCGACGUUUAAGGACGCCGAUGUUGCCUACUUUGAGGAUGAAGCCAAGAAGAUCUCGAAGCAGCUACAGCUGCAGCCGAUGAAGGUGAAGGGGUGGGGCGUCUUUAAGGGCGUUGACGAGACGGUGCGCAACAUGCGCACGUCGCUGCCGCUGUGCGAGUCGCUGAGCUCGCCGUCGAUGCGACCGCGCCACUGGGAGGAACUCGUGCGCACGACAAAUCAGCCUGGCAUCAUCAACCCCGCCGCCGCUGAUUUCACACUGGAGAAGCUCUUUGCUCUCGGCCUUCACAAGUACUCUGACGACGUAGCGAACAUCGUCGAGAAAGCUGAGAAGGAGCUGCGCAUAGAAGCAAACCUGUCGAAGAUCAUUGUUGCCUGGGAGAAGCUGCAGUUCACGUAUGAAAGUGACACCCACCUGGAUUGCUACCUCCUCGGCUCCGUUGACGAUGUCGUAGAACAGCUGGAGAACGACAACAACGCCCUCUCCUCCAUGCUGUCGGAUCGCUUUGUGGAGUAUUUCUACGAGAAGGUACUGAGUUGGCAGAAGGACCUCGGGCUAGUGGACACAUGCACUACAAAAUGGAUGGACAUUCAGCGUCAGUGGCAGAACCUGUUCCCCAUCUUUGUCCUAUCCGAAGACAUCAAGGAGCAGCUCCCAAAUGAAGCGAAGCAGUUCAGCGAGGCGGACCGCGUGUUCCGACUGCUCAUGAGCAAAGCGUACCUGUACACGAACCCGGUAGAGACGAUUUGCUCCGGAAAGCUCUCUGAGGACAUUGGCCGUGGCGAAACACUGGAGGAUACGCUGAACUACAUCCAGGACAUUCUAAGCCGCUGUGAGAAGGCCCUGGCUGACUACCUGGAGACGAAGCGGAAGCUGUUCCCACGCUUCUUCUUUGUCUCGGACACGGACCUCAUUGACAUUCUUUCCAAGGGCUCUGACCCCCGUGCGGUCAUUCUACACAUGAGCAAGAUCAUCGAAUCCGUCGACUCCUUCACUUUUGACAACAACCCACACCCUAACGCUGGCGCGCAAGACGUGUGGGAGAUGGUAUCCAUUCAGGGCGAGAGGGUGACAUUGACGGAGAGCUUCACGUGCGACGGCGCGGUUGAAACUUGGCUGGAGGAGCUGGUACAGUGCAUGAAGCGAAGCAUGAAGGCGCACAUCAAGGAGGCGAACGCGGGCUACAUAGAAAAACCGCGAAACGAGUGGAUCUACCAGUACCCGUGCCAGGCGGUCAUUGUGGCGUCACGUAUCUGGUUUACGACGGAGGUGCAUCAAGCAUUCACGCAGAUCGAGGAGGGCAAUGACAUGGGCAUGAAGGACUUGCUCAAGAGCCAAAAGUUGCAGCUCGACAGCCUCAUCAAGGAAGUGCUGCUGGAUCGCUCAUCGACGGAGCGCAAGAUGCUGGUGCACCUGAUUACAAUCGACGUGCACAACCGCGACAUUGUGCAAAGCAUGGUGGACGACCGCGUCGACUCCGUCGAUGCCUUCAGCUGGCAGUCGCAGCUGCGCUACUACUGGGAUGAGAACAAGGGCAGCGAGAUUCGCAUCGCCGACGCGGAUUUCAUCAACGGCUACGAGUACAUCGGGUUGUGCGGCUGUCUUGUCAUCACAAAGCUGACGGACCGCUGCUACAUCACCCUUACGCAGGCGCUGCGCCUGAACCAGGGCGGUGCCCCUGCCGGGCCUGCCGGUACAGGCAAGACAGAGACCACAAAGGAUCUGGCGCGCAACAUGGGCAUCGCCUGCUACGUCUUCAACUGCUCUGACCAGAUGAACUACAUUACGCUCGGCCAGAUCUUCAAAGGUCUCGCCAUGUCCGGCUCGUGGGGCUGCUUUGAUGAGUUCAACCGCAUCUCCAUUGAGGUGCUUUCCGUGGUCGCAACCCAGGUGGGCUCCAUCUUGAAUGCGCUCAAGGAGAACAAGUCGCGCUUCCGUUUCGUGGGCGAGGAUAUCUCGCUCGUGCGCUCUGUGGGCAUGUGGAUCACCAUGAACCCAGGCUACGCCGGGCGUACGGAGCUUCCGGAGAACAUCAAGUCACUCUUCCGCCCAUGCGCCAUGUGCGUGCCAGACCUCAAGAACAUUUGCGAGAUCAUGCUUGCCGCGGAAGGCUUUGGCGAUGCCAAGGACCUUGCCCUGAAGUUCGUCACAUUGUAUCGUCUCAAUAAGGAGCUGCUGUCACCGCAGGAUCACUAUGACUGGGGUUUGCGCGCCGUGAAGUCCGUCUUAUAUAUCGCUGGCGCCCUCAAGCGCGGUGACCCUGACAUUCCAGAGCGCAACGUGCUGAUGCGCGCCCUCCGUGACACGAACAUGGCGAAGCUCAGCAAGGAUGACGUGUACGUGUUCAUGGGGCUGAUUCGGUCGCUGUUCCCGAACCUCGACGUGCCCAAGAAGAGCAAGCCGGAGCUGGUCGCUGCCUGCAAGGCGGUCUGCACGGAGCAUGGCAACUUCCCGGGCGAGAACGACAUUUUCAUCCUGAAGUGCGUGCAGUACGAGGAGCUGCUGCACGUACGCCACUCCGUCUUCAUCCUCGGUGCGGCCGGUGCCGGCAAGACCGAGUGCUGGCGCUGUUUGCAGGGUGCGCUGACGAAGCUGCACCAGGAUGAGUGGAAGGCAAAGGCGGUUUCGUCGUGCCUCAACCCCAAGGCGAUCUCCUCCAAUGAGCUGUACGGCUACUUCACCCCACAGAAGGAGUGGCGUGACGGUAUUCUUUCGACGAUCUUCCGCGACUACGCCGUGGAGUCGAAGAAAAAGAAAAAUAUGAAGUGGAUCGUGCUGGACGGCAUCAUCGACGCCGAGUGGAUUGAGUCAAUGAACACGGUGAUGGACGACAACAAGAUGCUAACGCUCGUCUCAAAUGAGCGUAUUCCACUCACGGACUCGAUGCGAAUGAUCUUCGAAGUGUCGCACCUGCGCAAUGCUUCACCGGCCACGGUGUCGCGCGCUGGUGUCAUCUUCAUCAACGAAUCGGAUCUGGGGUGGGGCCCGUUCAAGGACAAGUGGAUAGCGUCGCGCGAGAAGCGCGAGGGGGUGAUUCUGGACAACCUCUUCGACAAGUACGUGCCGCUCAUCUUCGAGUUCUGGAAGCGUAGCAUGCGGCCGAUUGUGUCUGUGAUGGACAUCAACGUGAUACAGACCCUUUGCUUCCUCCUUGACGGUAUCUUCAAGACCAUGGAGCUGGAGGAGCUGGCGAAGCACUCCAAUCCGUUCGAAGUGUACGAAAAGUACUUUGUGUUCGCCGCCGUCUGGGCAUUUGGCGGCCCGUUGCCGAGCUCCGACGGUCGCAUUGACAUGCGCCUCAACUUCUCAAAUCAGUGGAAAAAGGAGUUUCCGAACAUGAAGAUCUCCGAUGCCGGAUCGGUCUUCGACUACUACAUCGACAAGACCAAGGGCGAUAACGGUGCCAUGCUGUUCGACUGGAAGCCGUGGACAGAGCUCGUGCAGCCCUAUACGCUGGACGCGGAUGUACAGCUGUCGUCCGUAUCUGUGCAAACUGCCGAUACGGUGCGCAUGUCAUACCUCAUGAACCUCUUCGUUGACAACGCGAAGGGCAUCAUGCUGGUGGGUACCGCUGGCACGGGUAAGACGAACCUAAUCAUGUCGAAGCUGCGCUCGCUGGACAAAGAGAAGGUGCUGUUCCGUGUUGUGUCCUUUAACGCCCGAACGUCAUCCUCCGGUUUGCAGGCGGUGAUGGAACAGUCCCUGGAAAAGCGCUCCGGCCGCACUUACGGCCCGCCGAAUCGAAAGAAGCUGGUGUUCUUCCUGGACGACAUGAACAUGCCAGCACCAGACAAGUACGGCACUCAGGAGGCGGUGGCGCUACUACAGCAGCACGUCGGCUACGGCUUCUGGUACGACCGCGUCAAGAUUGUGCAGAAGGAGGUGGUGGACGUGCGGUACGUCGGCGCGAUGAAUCCCAAGUCUGGCACCUUCACCAUCCUCGACCGUCUGCUGCGCCACUUUGCCGUCUUCUCGACGAAUAUGCCGGAUCGCGCUGACCUUGUAAGUAUCUACGGGCAGAUUUUGCAGGCUCACACAAAGCCGUUCUCCCGUGACAUCCGUGAUACCCUCACAACGCUGCUCACAAACGCCGCGAUUGAGCUGCAUUCGAGCGUGGCGAAGCUGUUCUUCCCUACAGCCAUCAAGUUUCACUACCAAUGGAACAUGCGUGAGAUGUUUAACAUCUUUCAGGGCCUGUGCAAAUCAAACCCGAAGUUACACAAGAGCAGCCUGCAGCUGGUUCGUCUCUGGGUGCACGAGUGCAACCGCACGUUUCGCGACCGCAUGGCCGACGAUGCCGACACGAAGCGCUACGACACCCUGCUGCAGGAGGUUAUCGUGCGGGCCGGCUUUACAGAUGUGACCGUGAAGGAAGUGAUGGAGGAGCCACUGCUGUGGGCGCCAUUCCACACAACUCCAGACGGGCAGGAGAACGUGUAUAAUGAGACAAACUACGAUGAGGCCGGUGCCUACUUGCGCAAGAAGCUAGUGGACUACAACGAGAACUACGCUUCCAUGAACCUGGUGCUGUUCAACCAGGCCAUCGAACAUGUUUGUCGCAUCUCCCGUAUCACCUCGAACCCGCGCGGUAAUGCGUUCUUGGUCGGCGUUGGCGGCUCUGGUAAGCAGUCCUUGGCGCGCCUGGCGUCGUACAUAAACGGCCACGACAUCUUUCAGAUUCUUGUAACGAGCACGUACGAUAUCAAUGACUUCCGCACCGACAUGCAGGAGUUGUACCGCAAAUGUGGCGUCCGCGGGUACCCAUUCGCGUUCAUCAUCACCGACACGCAGAUUGUGUCGGUAGACAUGUUGGUGUACUUGAAUGACAUGCUGAGCAGCGGCAACGUGCCGGAGCUGUUCAACCAGGAUGAGCGCGAGGGCAUAAUCAGCUCUAUCACCAACGAGGUGAAGGCCUCUGGCGCCACUGACUACUCGAACCCGGACGUGUGCUGGGACUACUUCAUCAACAAGGUCCGCUCAAACCUACACAUUAUUCUGUGUUUCUCACCCGUGAGCAAGAACUUUGCAGCGUGGUGCCGACAGUUCCCAGCGCUGGCUAAUACCACUGUGAUUGACUGGUUCCUGAGCUGGCCGGAGCAGGCACUCAAGUCGGUGGCGCAGCGCUUCCUGUCUGAGAUCGAGCUGGGCGGCGAGGAAACGACACAAAACAUUGCAGAGUUCAUGGCGUACUGCCAGAUGAAAGUGACGGAGACGUGCGAGGAGUACUACGCCCAGGAGAAGCGCCACGCCUACACGACACCAAAGUCGUUCCUCGAGCUGAUCGCAUUCUACAAGGACUUGCUAGCCCGGAAACGCAAGGAAAACAAUGAUCAAACGGAUCGCCUCGUGAGCGGUAUUGACAAAAUUAAAGAGGCGGGUGCACAGGUGCAGGGGCUGCAGGAGGUGCUUCAACGAGAGAGCGUGGAGGUGGAGGAAGCGCGGCAGAAGACGGCAGCGCUACUCGAGACGGUGGGCCGCGAGAAGUCCGUCGUGGAAGAGCAGAGUGCGAUUGCAGCGAAGGAGGAAGCGAAGACAAACAAGAUUGUGGAGGAGGUGACGUCGUUUGAGAUGCAGUGUCAGGAAGAUUUGGCUAAAGCACAGCCGCUCGUCCAGGAGGCUCUGGCAGCCCUCGACACUCUUGACAAAGCCUCGAUUGCGGAGCUCAAGAAUCUCGGCAAGCCGCCGGAAGAUGUGCAGAUGGUGGCCAUCUGCGUGCUGGUGCUCACGUCGAACCCGCGCUCGAUUCCGUCGAUGAAGCAGCGGUCGUGGAACGAGUGCAAAAAAAUGAUGAACCAGGUGGAUCGCUUCUUGACGGAGCUGCGCAGCUUCGACGUCAACAACAUCCCCCAGGUGUGCAUCGAUCAAAUACAGGUCUACAUCAACAACCCCUCCUUCGACCCGGACAUCAUCAAGAACAAAUCCUUUGCCGCCGCUGGUCUAUGCAAGUGGGCCAUCGGCAUGAACCGCUACCACGUUGUCCGUUGCGAGGUGCGUCCAAAAGAGGAGCGGCUCGCCGAGGCACAGCAGCGUCUGGUCUCUAGCCGCACUGCGCUGAAGAAGAUUCAGGAUAAGGUGGCGGACCUGCAGGCCAAGCUUGCUGGACUGGUGAGCCAAUAUGACACGGCCGUGGCCGAAGCUGACGCGAUCGAGGCCAAGGCGAAGAAGACACAGAUGAAGAUGAAUCUGGCGCAGCGCCUUGUGAGCGGAUUGUCGGACGAGAGUGUGCGCUGGGGUGCCACCAUCGAGAAGCUGAAGGAGGCCGCGAAGCUGCUGGUCGGCGAUGUAUUGCUGAGCGCGUCGUUUGUGUCUUACAUUGGGCCCUUCUCCAAGGCGUUCCGCGAGCAGAUCGUGGAGCAGGACUGGCUUCCACAAAUCAAGAAGCUGGGCAUUCCAAUGACGGAGGGUCUUGACGUAACGAUGAAUGUCCUUACCUCGGAGGCGGCGGUUGCGUCGUGGAACAACGAGGGUCUCCCAUCUGAUCGUGUCUCGACCGAGAACGGCGCCAUUCUCAACAACUGUAUGCGUUGGCCGCUCAUGAUCGACCCUCAGCUGCAAGGCAUCAAGUGGAUUCGCACCCGUGAGGAGAAGAACGGCCUGCGUGUGGUGCAGACCACGCAGAAGGGCUGGCAGCGCACACUGCAGACGUGCAUCGAGGAGGGUCUUCCGUGCCUCAUCGAGGGCCUCGGCGAGUUUGUGGAGCCCGUUCUUGACGGUGUGCUGAGCCGCCAGACGUUCCGCAAGGGCGGCCGAGAAUUCAUCAAGCUGGGCGCUACCGAGGUGGAGUACAACCCAAAGUUCCGGCUGAUUCUGCAGACGAAGCUCGGCAACCCUCACUACGGACCCGAAGUGAACGCACAGACGACCCUCAUUAACUUCAUGGUUACGGAGACAGGUCUGGCGGAUCAGCUGCUGGCUGUCGUAGUGAGCCAGGAGCGACCAGACUUGGAGAAGAAGCGCGGUAUGCUCAUUCGACAGAUGAACACCAUGACGAUCGAGCUGCAGCAAUGCGAGAAUGGGCUGCUUUACGAGCUGACGAACGCAACGGGCGACAUCCUAGAGAACGUCACCCUCGUGGAAAACUUGGAGACGACCAAGAAGAAGGCAAAAGAUAUUAACGCCUCUUUUGCCCAGGCCGUCGUUACACAGGAGGAUAUCGCGCAGAACCGUCUCCGUUACACCGACGUAGCGGUGCGCGGCGCUCUCCUGUUCUUUCAGAUUGACCAACUGUGGAAGAUCGACCACAUGUACCAGUAUUCGCUGGAGGCGUUCAUGGUGGUCUUCAACAAGGCUCUCGCGGGCGCGCCGCAGCCGGAGAACAGGAAAGACGUGACGAAGCGCGUGGCAAACGUGACCCAGUCGAUCACAGAGAACGUAUUUGCCUACGUAUCGCGCGGCCUGUUUGAGCGCCACAAGCUUAUCUUCUCUAGUCUUCUCACCUUUGCCAUUCUGAGCCGCCACAACGAGAUUAAUCUAAAGCAGUUAGAUUUCCUUCUCCGAGGUAAGAAGAAAACCGGCGUGUUACGGCCAGAGACGGUGAUGGGGUGGUGCACGCAGCCGAACUGGGAUGCAGUGCAGGCGCUUGCGGAGGUGGAGGGUUCGACGCCGAUGUUCAACCUGCUGCCGAGCGAUAUGGCAGAAAACAAUCGGUGGUAUCAGUACUGCGAGCUCGAGAAGCCGGAGACUGAGAAGAUGCCGGGCGAGUGGAAGAAUCUCUCUAACUUUGAGCGUCUGUUGGUGCUACGUUGCCUGCGACCCGAUCGACUCACGGCGGCGUUAGAAAUGUUUGUGGAAACCAGUAUCGGCCGCUUUUUUGUGUCUGAUCAGGCAGUUGACAUCUCCGUCUCGUACCAGAACUCAAGCACGACGACGCCGCUCUUCUUUAUCUUGUCCCCUGGUGUCGACCCGGUCAAGGCAGUCGAGGAGCUGGGGCGAAAGCUAGGCUACACGUAUGACAAAGAGAAUUUCUACAACGUGUCACUGGGACAAGGUCAAGAGGUCGUGGCGGACCGAGCGCUCGACAAGUGCUUCGCCGAGGGCGGAUGGGCGCUAUUGUCAAACAUUCACCUUGUCGAGAAGUGGCUGCGCACACUGGAGCGGCGUCUCGACACGUACGCCGAGACAUACACGCGCGUUGCGCAGCUUCGCAAAGAGAUUGCGGAGCGGAAGGCUGGCGAGCGCAGCGCCGCUGCAGGAGACGGUGAUGACAACGAGCAGCACGAUGAUGAGGCAGCUGAGAGCAAGUCCGUGCCCUCGCAUGACGAGAGUGGCGAGGGGGAGACGGACGAAGAGAAUGGUGAUGGCGAGGAGCGUUCCGAGACUGGCAGGGGCAACGCGGCCGCAGCGCUGAAGGAGGAUGCGAUUGUGGUGACGGAUGAAGAAAUCCAGUUUGAUGGUGUGAAGGGGCACCCGGACUUCCGCGUGUUCCUGAGCGCUGAACCGUCGAAUGUGAUCCCUAUUGGUAUUCUACAGCGCUCGGUGAAGCUGACCUCGGAGCCACCGACAGGCAUUCGGCAGAACAUCGUGCGUGCGAUGAGCAACUUCAGUGACGAGCCCUGGGAGAAGAGUGCGAAGCCGACCGAGUACCGCUGCAUCAUGUUCUCUAUGUGCUUCUUUCACGCCGUGGUGGUGGAGCGCAAGAAGUUUGGCCCUCUGGGCUGGAAUCGCGCCUAUCCGUUCAACGCCGGUGACCUCACAACGUGCAUGGAGGUGGCGGCAAACUACAUUGAGGACCGCCCCAAGGUGCCCUGGGAGGAUCUGCGCUACGUGUUUGGCGAGAUCAUGUACGGUGGCCACAUUACAGACGACUGGGAUCGCGUCCUGUGCAUGGCGUACCUGCAGAGCUACAUUAUCGCAGAUUGCUGCGAUGGCCUGCAGCUCGCCCCAGGUGUGGCAGUACCGGCACCGGCGAGUUACCAGGAGUACAUGCAGUGGCUAACGGCUGCCGACGACUUUCCGGCUGAGUCGCCGCUGCUGUACGGACUGCACCCCAACGCUGAGAUCAACUACCGCACAAUGCAGGCCGACGUCCUCUUCAAGACCAUCAACGAACUGCAGCCCAAGAAGCACAGCGGCGGUGACAUGCUGAGCCCGCAGGAGGUUGUGCAGCAGAAGAUCGACGAGAUCCGCGAGCGCUUGCCGGAGCCGCACAACUUGCAAGACCUUUCAGAGCGCCUCGAGGAUGACCGCUCGCCGCAACAGCACGUGUUUUACCAGGAGAGCGAGCGCAUGAAUAUCCUCAUUGAGACUCUGCGUGCGUCGCUGGAGGAGCUGAACCUUGGCCUAAAGGGUGCGCUGUCGAUGAGUACCGCGAUGCAGGAGCUGUUCGACCAGAUUUACCUCGACAAGAUGCCGGAGCGGUGGGCGCGCGUAUCCUUCAUGUCGCAGCGCAUGCUCGGUUCGUGGGUGGAGAACUUCCUGGCGCGCAAUGAGCAGCUAGUGAGCUGGAACGCCGAUCUGCAGACGCCGAAGGUGACCAACAUUGCACUCUUUUUCAACCCAAUGUCAUUCCUUACUGCCAUCAUGCAGACCACCUCCAUCAUUAACAGUUUUGAUCUCGACCAGAUGGCGCUUGUGGUGGAUGUACUGAAGAAGUCCGCCGACCAGAUCGAGUCUAACGCGCGCGACGGUUGCUACGUGACCGGACUGUCAAUGGAAGGAGCUCGGUGGGAUGGCACAGGGGGCUGCAUCGAGGAUAGUCGUCUCAAGGACCUGUAUCCGAAGAUGCCCAUCAUGCAAGUUCGCUCCCUGCCUCUGAGCAAGAUUGAUCGGCGAGACCAGUACGAGUGCCCCGUGUAUAAGACGCAGGCCCGCGGCCCUGGCUUUGUCGUCGGUUUCUACCUCAAGAGCAAGCAGCCAUCGCGUAAGUGGGUAAUCGCUGGCGUGGGUCUGCUGCUAGAUGUGGUGGAGUAA